AUGACGAACACCCCUGUUACCGAAAUAGUUACGCUCACUAGUAAUGAUGCGAUGAAGACAACCUCUAACUUCCAGGAGGCCGUUGAGCUCUUGCGCCAGACCAGUUUUGAUGGCCUUCAACAGAUGUACUGGGGCGACCGCGUUCAGCAGCCUGAAAUCAGGCAGUGGUUCAUCAAUUGGAGCCACCGCCCUCAGAGGUCAGAGUCGACGGCUGCAGCAAUGGCGCAGAUCAAAGAAAAACUUGGCGCAGUUGUCGACUCCCCACCGAGGCGCAGGCUCGUCGCUUUCAAUCCCUUCCCGCCUACCAAAUGCUUUGCCGCACCAUUCACAGAAGUCAUUAUCAGCAUUGUAAAGCCUGAAACCGAUCUGGAUGAAUUCAACAAGAUCGUCGACGCAUCAUUGGAGGUGUGCCAUGACGUUGAGGGAUGCUACGGAACUGCGUGGGGAUACGUUGUCGAUACAGAAGAUGCAAAGGAAGCAGUAUUGUUAGUUGGAUGGGAGAGCCCAGAGCAUCAUGUUGCGUUUAUGAAGACGGAGCCUGCUAGAAUAACAACAGCUCCUUACGUUGAGGGAGUAAAGGAGUCAACCGUCUUCUACGUCCAGGCUCAAGUUGCAUGA